AUGCGUUCGGUCGAUUACCUAGGCGCAGCUCAGCUGGACUACUACCGCACCACUUAUCCUGAGACAGUGGAUAUGGCCUCGCUCAUUUUCCCCGUCAACAGCCCUCCCCGUGUUCUAAUUUUGCGCCCCGAGCAUAUCAAGUUUCUCAUUGACCCCGUCCGCAAGUACACAGGCAGUGGUGUCUACACCAAGAGGCGAGCUAGCAAACCAAACCUAAUCAACCUAGUCGUGAAGGCUGCCGUCAGUCUGGCCACCUACGGCGCGCUCACAGACUCACGCAAAUCAAAAGCCACAGGCAAGGGCUUCGCGCAUACAAUUUGCUCUCAACACCUCGGUACUGACCCGGAAGGCGCUCACUUCCUCCUUCAGUAUGGCAUCGCCCUCUGGUUCCUCGUAUGA